GGCUGGCGGCGCCACACGCCGUCGGCGCUAUAGCAACGGUUAGCUACCCGCCGGGAGAGAGUGGCGAUAGGCCAUGUCUGGUCCAACUGAUGAGACUGCAGGAGACCUGCCUGUGAAAGAUAUAGGCCCAAACCUCUUUGGAGUGGGAGGGUUACAAGAAACCUCAGCAACACGGACGAUGAAGUCUCACCAGGCCGUGUCGCGGAUCGGCCGGGAGGAGCUGGAAGACAGAUUUCUGCGCUUGCAUGAUGAGAACAUUUUACUGAAGCAGCAUGCCCGCAAGCAAGAGGAUAAAAUUAAAAGAAUGGCCACCAAGUUAAUACGGCUAGUUAAUGACAAGAAAAGAUAUGAGCGGGUCGGUGGCGGCCCCAAGCGGCUGGGACGAGAUGUGGAAAUGGAAGAAAUGAUUGAGCAGCUGCAAGAGAAAGUUCAUGAGCUUGAAAGACAAAAUGAAGUCCUCAAAAACAGACUAAUUUCAGCCAAACAGCAACUUCAAAUCCAGGGUUACAGGCAAACUCCUUACAAUUAUGUGCAAUCUCGCGUAAACACUGGGCGCAGAAAAGCGAGUGAAAAUGCAGGCUCACAGGACUGCCCCAGGAAAGGUAUUAGAUUCCAAGAUGUAGAUGUAGAUCAGCCCAUGCUUACAAAAUAUGGCAACAGUUUACUGGAAGAAGCCAGAGGAGAAAUAAGACAUUUAGAAGAUGUUGUUCAGACCCAGAGAGGCCAGAUAGAAGAGUUAGAGCAGUUGGCUGAGAUCCUGAAAACUCAGUUGCGGAGAAAAGAAAAUGAAAUUGAGUUAUCUCUUCUUCAACUUCGAGAACAGCAGGCUACAGAUCAAAGGUCAAACAUUCGAGACAAUGUAGAAAUGAUUAAGCUUCAUAAGCAACUAGUGGAGAAAAGCAAUGCUCUUUCAGUAAUGGAAGGAAAAUUUAUUCAGCUUCAAGAGAAGCAAAAAACUCUCAGGAUCAGCCAUGAUGCCUUGAUGGCAAAUGGAGACGAGCUAAAUAAGCAACUGAAAGAGCAACGCUUAAAAUGCUGCAAUCUAGAGAAACAACUACACUCCAGGACAUUUUCUGAGAAAAGAAUAGAAGAGCUGCAAGAUAGAAUUAAUGAUCUAGAAAAGGAACGGGAACUUUUAAAGGAAAACUAUGACAAACUUUAUAACAGCGCCUUCAGCCCCGCCCCCGAGGAGCAGUGGAAGCGCAAGGAAGAGCGGCUGAACGUGCAGAUCGCGCAACUCGAGACGGCCUUAAAAUCCGACCUAGCGGACAAAACCGAAGUCCUUGACCGAUUAAACUCGGAAAGAGACCAAAAUGAGAAACUUGUUCAAGAAAAUAGAGAACUACAGUUACGCUAUCUGGAACAAAAGCAACAACUUGAUGAACUUAAAAACCGCAUGAAGUUUUAUAACCAGGAGAGUGAUAUAAAUGCUGAUGAACUGAGUGAAGCUCUGCUGCUUAUAAAGGCGCAAAAAUCGCAAAAAAAUGGAGACCUUUCCUUUUUAGAGAAAGUAGACAAUAAAAUUAAUAAAGAUCUAGAAUACUCCAUGAGAGAGCUACAAGCAACUCAUGCAGAAACAGUGCAAGAACUUGAAAAAACAAGGAACAUGCUAAUUAUGCAGCAUAAAAUUAAUAAAGAUUAUCAGAUGGAAGUUGAGGCAGUGACCCAGAAGAUGGAGAAUUUGCAGCAAGAUUAUGAACUCAAAGUGGAGCAGUAUGUUCACCUUCUUGAUAUCAGGGCUGCACGCAUCCAGAAACUAGAAGCCCAAUUAAAGGAUAUUGCCUAUGGCACCAAACAGUACAAAUUUAAACCAGAAAUCAUGCCAGAUGACUCCGUUGAUGAAUUUGAUGAAACCAUUCACUUAGAGCGAGGCGAAAACCUGCUUGACAUCCACAUCAACAAAGUAACCUUUUCUCCUGAGGUUCUGCAGGCGUCGGGGGAUAAAGAGCCGGUCACGUUCUGUACCUAUGCUUUCUAUGAUUUUGAACUGCAGACAACCCCCGUAGUGCGAGGCCUUCACCCGGAAUACAACCUGACCUCGCGGUACCUUGUUCAUGUCAAUGACUUGUUUUUGCACUAUAUUCAGAGGAACACUGUCACUCUUGAGGUCCACCAAGCCUAUGGACCAGAUUAUGAAACCAUCGCAGUAUGUCCAUUGAGAUUCCACGAAAUUUUAGAAAAAAGCGGUCGAAUAUUUUGCACAGCAAGUUUGGUUGGAACUAAAGGAGACAUCCCAAAUUUUGGCACAGUGGAAUACUGGUUCCAAUUAAGAGUUCCUGUGGACCAAGCAAUUCGGCUUUAUCGAGAACGGGCAAAGGCUUUGGGAUAUAUAACAUCAAAUUUUAAGGGGCCAGAGCAAACACAAUGGUUAAGUCAACAAGCACCCAAAACUGCUCAGCUCAGUUCUGCUGAUUGCGGAGAUGGCAACUUAAAUGAACUGCAUAUUACAGUGAGAUGCUGUAACCACCUGCAAUCCCGAGCAAGCGACCUUCAGCCGCACCCGUAUGUUGUGUACAAGUUUUUUGAUUUUGCAGACCAUGACACAGCCAUCAUUCCCAGUAGCAACGAUCCGCAGUUUGACGAUCAUAUGUGUUUCCCAGUGCCAAUGAAUAUGGACUUGGAUCGAUACCUUAAGUCAGAGUCUCUGAGUUUUUAUGUAUUUGAUGAUAGUGAUAUCCAGGAGAAUAUUUAUAUAGGAAAAGUCAACGUGCCUCUGAUUUCAUUGGCACAUGACAGGUGUAUCUCAGGAAUAUUUGAGUUGACAGAUCAUGAAAAGCACCCUGCAGGAACCAUUCAUGUUAUACUGAAAUGGAAGUCUGCUUACCUUCCACCAAGUAAAUCCAUAACUUCUGAAGACUUAGGAAGCGUCAUACACAAAGAAGAGUCAGAAGUUGUUCAAAGAUUACCUCCAGCUUCCUCUGUGAACGCAUUAGUUGCAGCACCAACACCUAAACCAAGACAGCGUUUCACAGCCGUUGGAAAGAAGGUGUCUUUCGUGGAUGAUAUGACGCCACAUCAGGAUUCUGAGACUUCUGCUGCUCCUGAGGAUAGGAAGGGAAUUUCACCGGAAGUGGAGCACACACCAGAAAUAGAUAUUAGUGCACCAACUCUUUCGUGUAUUUCCAAGGUUUCUCAAGAAAGCGGCAUGGAUGGAAUGAAAGCGGACACCGAGGAAAUGCAGAGAGGGCGAAGCAACGAUGUGUCUCUGCUGUCCCAGGGCCAGCUUGCGGAGCAAAGUGCGACUUCUUCUGAGGAUGAGACAGAAAUAACUGAGGAACUGGAGCCGGAAGAUGAGGAAAACAGAUCAGCUUCAGACAGUGAUGAGUGCAUUAUUCCAGGUCCUAUCUCCAAGCAUAUCAAGCAGACGUCAGAAAAGAUUCGGAUUGAGAUCAUAGCUCUGAGCCUCAGUGACCCCCGAGUGACCGCGGACGACGCCGUCCGGCGGCUCUUCGUGGAGUGCCGGUUCUACAGCCUCCCCGCCGAGGAGACCCCCGUGUCCCUCCCCAAGCCCAAGGUGGGCCAGUGGGUCUACUUCAACUACAGCCACGUGAUCUACGUGGAUAAAGAAAACAACCAAGCGAAGAGAGACGUCUUAAAAGCUAUACUACAAAAACAAGACAUGCCUCAUAGAAGCAUCCGCUUCACCGUGGUCAGCGACCCGCCGGAGGACGAGCAGGAUCUGGAGUGUGAGGACGUGGGCCUUGCGGAUGUCGACCUCGCUGAGGUGUUCGAGGGAGGGAGAGAUGUCGUCGAGCAAGACAUCGAUGUGUUGGACGCCCGCGCGGGUGGUGGAAGGAUAGGCCAGCUCCGCGUAACAGUCGAAGCGCUGCAGGCCCUCCGGUCUGUCUACGAGCAGUACAGAGACGACUUGGAGGCUUGACGGAGGCUGCUCCAGAGCGCCCCCUGCUCCCGAGUAAAUGCCCCCGUGAAAGCCCUUAGAGGAGACGCGUGUGGUUGCUCUGGUGUAUGUGACCUGUAGUUCAUGGGGAGCUGGGCGGGGGGCAGC